AUGGCGUUCACAUACAAUCCUCUGGUCGAGAUGUGGACGCUCUAUGUUAUAGGGUCCGUCGUGAUCUUCGCGAGAUGCAUCACUCGAUGGAAAAUGGUUGGGUUUGAAGGGUUUAAACCCGAUGACUAUAUCAUUUGGUUCUCAUGGGUUGUCUACACUGUAAUGUCAGUAGCGGCCGACAUAUGUGGCCGACAUGCAGACCUUUAUACGCUGUCCCUGGAACAGCGCAAGACUAUUACCGAAGAGGAUGCUGAACCCUAUAUCUGGGUUACUCAAUGGUUUUGUGCUGGCGUUGCGACAUACAUUGUCUUCAUCUGGUCUCUCAAGUUCAACAUGCUCUUUUUCUAUCAGCGAGUUGUGGACGGACUAAGAGUCGACAAGUUCAUUAAGCCCAGCUUGGUUCUUGUUUCUUGCACCUUCAUCUCGAUCAUAUGCAUACUGUUCGCUUCUUGUCGACCUUACUAUAGGAUGUGGACGAUGUAUCCGGAUCAGGGAGCGAAUUGCGAGCCCCAAGCGGAGAUUUAUAUGCUCCCUGCGCUCAUCAUGAACAUUUUUACCGACCUUUGCAUCAUGGCUAUACCUGCUCCAGCCAUCCUGACUGUGAGGACCACCAUCCAGCGCAAGAUAAGUCUUGUCAUCCUCUUCUCAGCCGGCAUCUUCGUUAUGAUCGCUGCCAUCCUACGAGUGUCUAUGGUCUUGGUAGGAGGUGAUGGCGGAACAGCGGCUAUCUGGUCGUGCCGGGAGGAUUUUGUUGCCAUUUGUGCCGGCCAGGCCCCCAUCUUACGUCCCCUGUUCACAAAACGAUUCUGGACGGGAGAAAUGUCUUACGGACGUUCUGGGCAAUCCAAAUCAACCAUACCAAACCAGAGCGGUAACGACGCGUUCGAGAUGGGCACGGCUCGCAAGGGCACGAUCCAUGGCUCAAGGAAUGACAUGAGCAAGAAAGGCAACGAUGUCACUAUAUUCUCAACACACGGGAGAGAUAGUGAUGGCGACUCAAGUGACAGGAUAAUCAACGCCGGCGGCGGCAUUGUGGUGAAUACCUGGGUGGGCGUCGAGUCCGAGACUACUGUAAGCCGGGUCGCAGAGCCUACAAGCCACAACCCGUCUUACCGGGAUGGACCACACCCUUAG